AUGCUUGCCAAUCCACAGAGAAAUCUGCAUGAGCGGCAUCGACAACAUCGCAGGCAGAUCUCCACGCCAUCCGCGCUCGAAGCCGCCAAAGCUCCCUCCCUCCCUGCACAGGCAUUGCACCGCUAUCAUGCCCAUCGCCGAGGACAGAGCUUUGAUCAACGAUCUCUGCCCAUGCAACGACCGCAGGCCAUGCGAGAUGGCACUUUUACUACUAACCCUAGCGUAACAGGACCCCAACAACCCCCGCAUAUGAUCGGGGAACAGCAACACCAGAUUUACAUGCGCGCUGCUCAGCCGUCAUUUUCUCAGCUGCCAAUGACUAUGCCGAUGGUGCCCGAGUGCCAGGAUCUAUGCGAGGAAGACCUGCGCGCCUUGACUAACCGCAGUCUUCGGGACAGUCAAUCAACUAUGGCGUAUGCCACCCCGAACAUGAUCAAACUCGACGGCCAAAAUCUCGACAACCGGCCGAUGAACACCGAUUUCAAUUUGAUCCAACAUCACUCGAAAGUCUCGUGUAACAACCCACUCGACAGCCAACUGCUGGAAAAUGGCACUUGGAACCUCUACUCAAACGACAACCUCGGCCCUGCAUUUGCCAACCAGACAAACGCCGUCCCUGCCGAUAUGAGACGGCUCUCGAUGCAGUCCGAUGUACAGAUCCCUCAACAGCCUCGCACGCCGAAGCAUCCCACCAACACACACUACGUUCCGAUUACCCCAGCAACGACGCCAUUCAAGAGAUCGGUGGAUCUCGCUCAGUACAGCGACAUGCAGCCAACGCCAACCAAGGGUCAGAAUUGUUCGAUGCCGGGCUCAGCCCAGUCGUCGUAUAUGCAACGUGCCAAGUCACUCCAAGGAGUGGCUGGGACAACAUUCACGCAGCCGAAGAUUGAAAUGCCCUCCCCUCCCCAUACAGCGUCAUUUGAAAUGGAUAACUUUGAUACUUUUGAUUGUCAGCAAGGAUCUAGCUUUGAAAUCCCCAAGUCCGAGAACUUCGCACAGAGCCAGUAUGCUUCGUCGUCAGCCUCGUCGUCGUUUCACUCCUCCCCGGUGCUUGCCGCCAUGCCGUGCCCCGGAGAUGAGAACGAACGUCCCGAUAAACUCCCGAUAUACCCUGCCACGCCUAGCCGUCCCAGCCUGAGGAAGUCCCCCAGUGUGCGCUCUAGCACCAGCUCCGCGUCGAAGGCCAAACUUUCUCCCAAGAACGCUUCGAUCGAGAACCUCAAUCUGGAUGACCGUGUUCAUGCAUCCAUCAAAGAGACCGGUGUCACCAUGGACGAGAUCGCAUCCUUCAUCCACGGCCCUGAUCCCGACGACGGGAAGUGGGUGUGCCUCCAUCCCGGUUGCGAACGGCGCUUUGGCAGAAAAGAGAACAUCAAGUCCCACGUUCAGACCCACUUGGGCGAUCGCCAGUACAAGUGCGAUCAUUGCAAUAAAUGCUUUGUCCGUGGCCACGAUCUGAAGCGCCAUGCCAAAAUCCACACCGGGGACAAGCCAUACGAGUGCCUGUGUGGGAACGUCUUCGCCCGCCAUGAUGCCCUGACCCGACACCGACAGAGAGGCAUGUGCAUCGGCGGAUACAAGGGCAUUGUCCGCAAGACGACGAAGCGAGGCCGUCCCAAGAAGCACCGUCCCGAGACCGAGGAGCAGCAACAGAAGACCUCGAAGACUCGCCAGAAACUCGCCGAAAAGUUCCUCGCCUCCCUCGAGUCGGAUACGUCGCGCAACUCGCCACCGUCAGAGGUGUUUGAGAACAUGAGUCUACGUGCGCCUAGUCCUGCCACAGAGAUGCCUGUCUUCAACAACCCCAACUACUCGCUACCACCGGAAGUCUUCACUUUCACGCCUCCUGCCUCUCCUGGUGGUACUCAUGAUCACGGAACGUCUCCCACCUACAGUGAGCGGUCGGUCACUCCCAGCACAGAGGAUGAGAUGCUCCCCUUGUCACCUUCCAAGGGCCCUCUGGACAAGAUCAUCGAGGAACACGGCAUGCCGUCUUUGACGAACAGUGACGCCUGCCCCUACACGGACGCCUGUUCAACCACCCAUGCAUUGUCCUCCCCUCAUACCGCCCCAAUUCUGACCGACUCGUCUCAUGGUCCCGACCUCGACAUCUUCAUCAGUCAGGCUCCUUCAACGGGUUUCGGCAAGCAUGAAUUCCCCGACCUGGCGGACCCUGACAUGGCUUCCUUCCCGGACUACGUGAACUCCUCUUUCGAACCUGGAAUGGAUUUGUUUUCUGGGAAAGGUUUCUCCGCCGGUCCCCCUAUGAGUGACGAUUUCUUCUCUUUUCAGUUCCAGGUCGACGAGCAGCCAUCCGAUGUCAUGACCCGAGAGUUUCUCAUGGAUUAA